AUAUUGAUGUAUAGAGUCGAGCAAGUUUGUAUUAAAACAUUAUUUCCAUGUUCUUAACAUGAUACUGUAACGGUGCGUCGCGUAAUAUAAUACGCAGUUCCAGGACUCUGCUUAAUUAAGGUCACGCUAAGCUUGGGCUGGUGUCAGUAAUUUAGCUGCUUGCAAAGUUUGAAACUGCUCUAUAAUAAUAAGCGCGACUUUCUCUCUGCAGCCCAGCCUUGCACAUUAUUCCUAGUAAUUGAUCAUUCCUGAAAGGGCUGGAUGCCGGCCCCUCUCUCUUACCCCCCACGCAAGCGGUUUGUUAUUGCAGCCUCUGGCAAUAAUUAAGCAUUAAAUCAACACACCACUGUGUCCAGAGGGCAAGUAUGCGAGCUUGCUGGAAUAGUGAAGUUUAAACGCAAUCAGCCAAGACAGCUUGCAGAAACACACGGGAAUUAAGGUACUGGCACAGUGUUAUGAACUGUUCUCCUCGGUGUAGCUGCAGAAAGACGGGCUAGCUGAGAGAAUUCUCCUUCAUCCUAACACUAAUCGAAAGAAGACAGUACACUUUUACACGGGCCGGUCUGACCAGAAUGCUUUUUUCAGACCUGGUGUGCCAGGAUUUGGUGUCUGCUAGUGCUGUGUGACCCCUUCCCAUGGCCAGUGGUUUGUGUGGAGCAGCUGGUAGCGUGUUGCUCAGCAGUGCCCCCAGUGGGCUGGGCGGGAGAAGCAGGAAGAUGAUGACGUUGUGGACACAGGGCCGCGAGGUGUUCGGCGCAGCGGUCAGUGCUGUGCUCCCCGAGAACAUGAUGCGCGGGAGGCUGGCUCUGCAGGGAGAGCGCCUUCUGGUGGACGGCAGGAGCUUUGCGCCGACGGGGAACGUGCACCUGGUGGGCUUCGGCAAGGCUGUGCUGGGCAUGGCGGCCGCUGCAGAGAGGAUUCUGGGAGAUCACCUGGUCAGGGGCGUGGUCAGUGUGCCCCACGGGAUUCAGGAGGCUCUGAGACAGGCAGGCAAGGGGGAGAUGCUGCUUCGUCCUGACAGCCGGAUCACAGUGCUGGAGGGAGCGCGGCACAACCUCCCAGACAGAGACGCCAUGGAGGCUGCUAGCGCCAUCAGAGAGCUCGCCAGUGGGCUGACGGAGCAAGACCUGCUUCUGGUGCUCAUCUCCGGGGGGGGCUCUGCCCUCCUACCCGCCCCCACCCCCCCGAUCACCCUGGAGGAGAAGCAGAGUCUGACCCGGCAGCUGGCUGCCCAGGGAGCCACCAUCCAGGAGCUGAACACCCUGCGCAAGGCCCUGUCUCAGCUCAAGGGAGGGGGGCUGGCCCGCUGCGCUCACCCUGCACAGGUGGUAAGCCUGAUCCUGUCCGACGUGAUUGCUGACCCCCCGGAGCUCAUCGCCAGCGGCCCCACGGUUCCCAGCCUAGCCGAUCCGGGGGAGUGCUGGGCCAUCCUGGAGAGAUAUGGGCUCCGCUCCUCGCUGCCCCAGUCCGUGCGGGACGUCCUGUCGGGGCUGGGGGGCACGGGGACGGGACAGGAGCAGGCAGGCUCUGGGCUCGUGCACAACGCCAUCAUUGGCUCCAACACACUGGCCCUGGAGGCAGCCUCGGCCCGGGCGCAAGAGCUGGGCUUCUUGCCCGUGGUUCUGUCCCCGGCCGUCUGUGGUGAGGUCCAGGCCGUCUCCCGGCUUUACGGACUGCUGGUCCGGUUUGCGAGCCAGGCUCAGUCUGAGGAGGGUCCGGAGGGGAGCCUGAGGGAGGCUAUACUGGGGAUGGGCCCGGAAGUGGGAGUCCCGGACUGGGAUCUCCGGCACACCUUGAAGGUUUUGGAGGAGUGCAGAGGGGGAGCGCUGUGCCUGCUGUCCGGCGGGGAGCCCACAGUGCAGCUGAGAGGGAAGGGAAAGGGGGGCCGCAAUCAGGAGCUGGCCCUGCGCGUGGCGGUGGAACUGGGACAGGGGGGGUCCUCCCUGCCUGCCCCCCUGGGGGUGGCAUUCCUCAGCGGGGGGACAGACGGGCAAGACGGCCCCACGGAUGCGGCUGGAGCAAUCGCUGACUCCCUGCUGGUGUUGGAGGCAAGGGAGCAAGGUCUGGACCCCGCUGAGUUCCUGGACAACAAUGAUUCCUACACCUUCUUCACACGCCUCUCCGGUGGGGACCGGCUGAUCCGGACCGGCCUCACCGGAACCAACGUCAUGGAUGUGCACCUGGUUCUGAUCCGGGGAGAGGAGGCAGGUUCGGGAGCCCAUGCUGCUCUAGGGAAAUCAUAGGGAACCUGGGGUACCUACUAUAUUCACUAUGCAGUGGGGACUUCAUGGAAAUACAGGCCAGUGAAGCAGUUUGAUCAGUCUUAUGUCCAGAGUGCACUCAAGUAAUUUCCCGCAUUCAAACUGAGUUCUUAAAAGACAUGUAAAAAAAAAAAUACUGUUCAUGUGUUUUUUGUAAAAAGAGGAAAAAAAACGAUAAUAUUUACUAAUACAAAAAAUAUAUCUGCUUUAAAAAACAUUUUUGUCUGUGUAUUUUGAAUCAAGUUUGUUCAUUGAAAUGCUGCAUCUAAUGUGUGUUCCAGCAGCUGGGAGUGAAAAAGCUGUGUGUUCUGCAGGCUGUCAUCAAGCAGGGCUGAGAAUGGUAGUUUGGAUACAAAGAGACUUUAUAACUGUGUGCUGAGGGGAGUUCUUCCAUCCCCAGUACAGUCGACUAUUAGCAAGGAAAGAUGGUUGCUCAGGGCCUGAUUUGCACCACCACCCUGAACCUUACCCCCCGGUGCUAAUCUGUGAACCUUACCCGCCGGUGCUAAUCUGUGAAUUUUAACCCCGGUGCUAAUCUGUGAACUGUGACUCUGUGAAACCAGCCUGCACUGC